CCAAUCAAUCACUCAAUUAUUGGCUCCUUUGGGUUGAUUGAUUACCGUCGGCGAAUCAUUUCUUCAGAACGAGAAGAUCAUGAUGCGUCUGUCGUCGCACGUGCCGAAGCGCGGCGGCUCGAAACUGGGACAGGUGUCGGCCGUCGUGCAAUCCUGUUUGGUAAUUGUGGAUGAUUAUUUGUCUUCUAGCGCGAAGAUGGGAGCGACUGUCACGUGGAGGACGAUGGAUGCAGAGGUGGCAGCGGGGAAUGCCAGCUCAGCUUCGAAAUCAGCGGCGACAGGAUCGCCCUCGUUGGUCUCUUCGGCGAAGGUUCGAUCGUUAUCGCCGGCCUUUCUGGGUCCAUCGGCCACUGCCGAGCAAUCAGAGGGCGCCACGUGGCAGCAGCGGCCAGAGCGGCAGCAGCAGCAUCUGGCGGCGGUUUCAGGAGCGGGUUGUUGCCCGCUUGGAAGCGCGGGUAGGGCGGCACCGAUCGCGCGGGAACGAGAGAUUUCGCGCGCCUGUCAUGCAGGGGAAUGCAGCGGUCGAGGCGCGGGGCAACUUUUCGCCGCCGACGUCUAUGGUGAUGACGACACGCGGAAGGUGCGCGGCUUUUUUACUCUGUCGCCGGGUCAGUCCGGCCGCAGCGGGCGGACGGCGGCCUCUGCGCGCCGCUUUGCCACGUGGCAUUCAGCCAGUACUGCGAAGCAGAGCAGUGAUGACGUGGCGGACUGCGAUCCGAAAUCUAUGGCGGGCCUUGAGGAGAUGACAGAGCGGACACGUGUCCUCGCAGAGGGCGUUCUUUCUGGAAACCACAUGCAUCUUAACCGUGCGAUCAAUCUCUGCGAAUCCUGGAGCAGUGAUGAUCGAGCUCAAGGAACUGCUCUUCUGCAGUAUCUUAUGGCAAAAAGUGAAGACGUACGGAACGGGAAGAUGUUCAGGAUAGGACUGACAGGUCCACCGGGAUCAGGAAAAUCCAGCCUGAUCGAGCGUUUCAGCAUGUUGAUGGUGGAGACAGUUGGCGGGGGGCAGAGUGACACUGCAGUGGCGGAGCUUGUGGAUAUGUUGGUGCUAGUUCUUCCCCCAGCAGGGGGUGACGAGCUUCAAGGACUGAAGAAAGGGAUAGUGGAGGUGGCAGAUCUACUGGUUGUGAACAAAGCAGAUGGUGAAACUGCAAAAGCGGCCCUUGCAACUGUUCGGGAGUACAAAAGAGCGUUACAUUUCUUAAGGCCAUCCUCAGACACAUGGGUUCCUCCGGUUAUCGCAGCCAGUACCAGGACACGAGAAGGUAUCGAAGAUCUGCUGAAAAGUGCUUUGGAUUUCCGAGCGAAAAUGACGGCCUCGGGUGAACUAGAAGGUCGACAGAGAGAACAGAGCAAUAAGUUGAUGUGGAGAAAUGUGAGGCACAUGAUAGCAGAGAGGGGUGGCGCUGGGCAGCCAUGGCACAGUGGUGACGGCGGUGGCGGCGGAGAUUCCCCGCUGCCGCUGCCAAUGUACAACAUUAUGUGGCCGGCACGUACGUCAAGCUGGGGGGCAAUCUCUAGAAGUGGUCGCUUUCCCACAUGGCGCUCAGCAGGAGAUGACGUGGCAUUAAUGAGCUGGUCGGUAACACACGUGGCAACGCCAGAAGGCCUGAGGGAUCCGUCGAAGCUUCAGGUCCAGAAUUGUCGAUCCGGGACAGGAGUGACCUUCUUCAAAGGGCUUGCGCAUGCUUUGUCCUUUAGCAGAUCGUUUGGAUCAUCAUCACGGACAUCGGAGGGUACAGGGGGUGAGCUCCCAGCAUCAGGUGCAGUGGAGGGGGUACAUGGUCGUCGUCCCAUCGUGGCUGUGGGGAUCUCAGGUGGUGUGGACUCUUCUGUGGCUGCCUGGCUUCUCAAACAGCGGGGUUUCGAAGUGGUGGGCUUGUUCAUGAAGAACUGGGAUCUGGCCGAUGAGAAAGGAGGUGGUCUUAGUUGCGGGAUUGAUAAAGAGCUGGAGGACGCUAAGAGAGUUUGCCAUUGUCUCAACAUACCCCUCCACGAGGUGGAUUGUGUGCAGAGGUAUUGGGUGGACGUGUUUGAGUCCUUUGUGUCAGAAUGUGCCGCCGGCCUGACACCCAAUCCUGACCUUACGUGCAACAGGCACAUCAAGUUCGAUGCUUUGCUGGAGCGGGCGUUCAGCCUUGGGGCAGAUGCACUUGCCACUGGCCACUAUGCACGACUGAGAAGACGCGAAGAGGAUGGGAAAAUGGAACUCCUGCGUGGUCUAGAUGACGACAAGGAUCAAAGUUACUUCCUUGCCUCGGUUAAUCAGCAGGCAUUCCAGAGGGUGAUGUUCCCCGUGGGCGGGAUGAGGAAAGCAGAGGUGAGGGAGGUGGCAUCAGUAGCCGGUCUUCCAACGGCUGACAAGAAAAGCAGUGUCGGGAUUUGCUUCAUCGGGAAGCGGCGAUUCGGCGAGUUCAUUUCGGACUAUGUGGAGUUGGAGCCCGGACCCUUUGUGGAGGUGGAAAAUGGAGCAGUAGUUGGAAAACACGGAGGGAUCGCAUGCUAUACUAUUGGACAGAGGGCGAGGAUCGGGGGCGCAGCUGACGCUUGGUUCGUGGUUGGCAAAGAUGUCCCAAAGAACGUUGUGUUUGUGGCCAUGGGAAAAGAUAACCCAGCACUUUUCUGCAGAGCUGCAGCCCUGGCAGAUCCCUUUUGGGUUUCCGGAGAGCCGCCCAAAGAGUUGGAGGAAGGGGUUUGGAAUGUUGGUGAUGGUGGUGGCGGAGUUGCCAACCGAGUCCUCUGCAGCGAGUACAAGGCAAGGUACAGGCAACCGUCAGCUCCAUGUAAGGUGGAGAUGAUGGGCGAUCCCUUGAGGGUGGCAACAGCCUGCUCAGACCUUAGAAUCACUCGAUCCGAUACAUCUCGUCUGCCAGAACCAACGGCUGAGGAUGUUCUUUCUCCUAGUGCAUUCUGGAAGCCAGGAGUGGACCAUGAGCGUCUUGGACCAUCCGGGUCGGACAAAGGGUCGCACAAAAACCAUUCCGGUUUUCUGAAGGUCCAGUUCGAGACGCCCGCCAGGGCGAUCACUCCCCGCCAGGCUUUGGUCCUGUACCAGGGUGAUGUUUGUCUCGGAGGGGGAUUAAUCUUGUAUCCGGGUCAAACUUUGCUGGAAGAACAAAUGGGCGCUCAUGAAUCCGACCUGCCGGAAUCCCACCUUUCGGAAAGUACUCUCAUGGCAGGGAGAUAAGGAGAACGCAAAUCUUCAUGUUCUAGCCCAAAAGGGGUGAAGUAAAUGUCAUUUGCGUUU